AUGUUUUAGACUCAAACUGGGAAGAGCCACUCCAGUUGAUGUACUGCUCAGUAUUUUGCCCAGAUUCAAUGACUUCAAAUUCUUAGUUUAUUAAUUAUUUAACGGAUAGCUAGAGUAUAGACACUGUGGGCGUUGCGUGUGUCGACGGGGGAGGCACUAUGAAUCAAAACAGACGAGGAGGGGGAGGGGCUCCUAGAGAAGAUAGACACAGAGGAAAGAUGGCGCGGGGUAAAGGUCAAGGUCAUCAAAAUUCGCCGCUACCUGAUGAGAUAAGACAGUCGAAUCUUCAAUACUCGGUGCAGAAUGACUAUAUCGACAGAUACAAUGAACCCCGAAUCGGUGGAUAUCGGUCGAAGCAAUAUCCGUCCGACUGGGAUCGAGACACCGACCAUACUAGGGACUCCGGUUCGAGAGCAUCAAGAGAUCACUACGAAGGACCUCGCGAGUUUAAGUCCAGGGGGAGUGUUCUAGGGAAUUACAGAGAAGAUGGGUCCUCCGAGUGGGGAGCCCAAAAUAGAGGAGGUAACAGAGGUCAUAAUAGGUCAACUGGCGGUAGAUGGAGUGAUGAAAGUUCGACAGGGUCCAAUAACUCGUUUUACACUUCCUCGUAUAAAAGCAGACCCCCGGGUGCGACUUCUGGUAAUUAUGCCGGCCGAGACGGUCGCUAUGAUAACAGGAACGGUUACAGAGACCAAUACGAGGAUUCGAAUAGAACGCCCAGAAAUACAUAUCGAAGAGAUGAGAAUCAAAAGGAGGAGGAGGAUCGAUUCCAGGACCAGCGAGGCAACUACGGAAGAAUGACUGACUCAGCGCCUGAUAGGCAGAAAGAAAGCAAAAGUGAACCUCAAUCAUCUCGGGAGACUCCGAAGUCCGCUAAUAAGAAAGAUCAAGGUGGUGGUAAGAAACGUGGAAGGUUAACGGAAAUUGCAUCUUCACUCAUUAACAAUGGAAACGAGCAAAUAACGCCAGUAUCUGCGACCCCAGAACAUCACAAGCAGUCGCAGAGAAAGACGCGACCGACCGACAACCAUGAAAGACAAGAACCUCUGUUUCAAAAUUUAGAAAUGAGUGUCGAAAAUGAAUACAGUAAAGGUUCAAAUAAUGACCGACAGAGAGAAGUGAAACAAGGAAAAGGUUUGUUCAAAGACUGUCUGCUAGCCAUUGCGCCUUCUGAUCAGACCCGAAAACAAUCUGGAAGAAUUGAUGGUGCCAAUUAUCACGAUGAUCGACUGGAAAGAGACUAUGAAAGUGAUGGAAAUGAUGGUUCUAGACAGAAGUCUUCAAUGAAGAUGAAUGGUUUCAACUCCGACUCAGACGGGGAAGUGGUGGGUCUGAACAAUAGUCCCAAGGCUGAAGACAUGCUGUUGGGGGUGCCUGGCUUUACAGAUGCAGAUAUGGAGAAGGAAACGGAAGACGAAGAAGAAAAGGAAGAAGAUGAUGACCUCCUCCAGUUACUCAACAGCUCGAAGGAUGUGGUUACAAGUCAUCUGACAUGUCUGACCCCAACAGUAGCUGACAGUGACCGGUUCUUGCAAGCGUGUGAUGCUCAAAACAAAGCAGCGAAUAACAGGUACCCCCCGAUGAUGCCCCCUCCACCCGUGCAGUGCGACAAUGACACAGAGUUUCCCCCACCCACUUUGUCUAUCAAACCCCCGAAAAAGAAGACAGAUGCAAAUGGACGAGAAUCCCCAACUGAAUUUGACCCUAUGGGAUGCUGCGGAGCAAAAUUUAAAGAUGACGUGCAGACACCAUCGAAUGACUCUGAUUCGCAAAAACAAGAAAGAAGAUCCUCGCGCACUCCUGUUCUGGGCGAUGCUCCUGAGGAAAACCCCGCCGCCACAGGCGACUCGCCUCAAAGCGUAGUGGCAAAGUUUGAGAAACUGAAAAUGUCGCAGUCGUCCUCCUCGGAAAAAAGAGCGGCAAACAGACGCAACCAGUUACAGUCGUCUGGAAAGGGUAUUCUGGAUACACCCAGUAGCGGAGGCGGCAGUGGUGGUGGUGGUGGUCGGAAAGGGAAGAAGUUCACAAAAGCCCCGGUGGAGUUCACAAAUAUGCUUUUCAAGUCGAAAGGAGAUUUGUUAACAGAAGGUAUAAGCAGUUACACUCAGAGUGACAGCGAGGAUGAAGUCGAAAGUUGGGGACGAAAAUUUAAGGAGAAGUUUUCCCUAGAAAAAACGACAGGAGAGAAGUUUGUAGAUUCGCAUUGCCACAUUGACUUUCUUUUGAAAAGACAUAACAUGAGGAAGGACUCGAAGUGGUCGGAGUACAACCGAAGACACUUCGCCUAUGUUCCCGAAAGUUUUGAAGGUUUAGUUGCUGUGUUUUGUGAACCAUACGCUUUCAGGGAGUUCCAAACUUACCAUCAUUUAUUAAGUGAACCAGGAGUAAAUUGCGUUGCAGCUUUUGGGAUCCACCCCCAUAGUGCUCAACACUACAACGACGACAUCGAACAACGUUUGAUAAAGGCUCUUCAGCAUGAGAGAUGCACCGCUUUGGGUGAAAUUGGACUGGACUAUUCGGAAAGAGCUAGCGGCGCGAGCGAAGCUGUUCAGCAAAGAGUUUUCAGAAGGCAAUUAAAUUUAGCGCUUAAAACGGGUAAAAAUUUGGUUCUUCAUUGUCGUGAUGCAGAUAGGGACUUGAACCGUAUUCUGCAAGAGGAAAUGCCGAGGGAUUGGGUAAUGCAUAGGCAUUGUUUCACUGAGAAUGUGUCCCUUUUGGAGGACCUUUUGAAGACGUUUCCAAAUAUGUACAUCGGCUUUACGAACUUGAUUUGUUUGGGCAGCGCAUACGAGCCGCGGGAGGCAGCUAGGAGAGUGCCUCUCAAUCGACUUCUUCUGGAGACAGAUGCGCCCUACUUUUUGCACCCAAAUGUGCCCAAAAGAGUCCAGUACGCACACCCUUCUAUGGUCAUCUACGUGGCAGAGAAAGUGGCAUCUCUAAAAGGCAUCCACAUAAGCGAAGUGCUAAGACACGCUAGACACAACACGCAUACAGUGUAUAAUUUAUAAACGAGCGAUUAAUCGGAAUUCGACACUAUGCGUCUCGUUCUCGGCCCCAAGAAAAGACGGCGAUGUUAACCGAGCCUAAAACUGAGUCUGAGAUAUGCCAGCCAGUUUCGCUGUUUUGCUACUCGUCAAAGAUCAAGCCAAAGACAAAUAAAAACUGGGAAAAAAAGGCCUCAAAAUAGAACUACACAUUAUCUCAGUCAAAUGUCGAAAUUGUUCAAGUAAUUUUUAGGAUCAGUUUGUCAUCAGGUCUUACCUUUUCAUUAUAAAAGGUCUACACGUUUUUGUGUGGUAUAUGUGUCAUUUUGAUAAUAUACUUAUUUAAAAAUCAUGCAAUAUAUUUUUAUUGUUCCGACCACGAAAAACAACAUCAAAAAUAAAACGAAAAAAUGCUUG